AUGAUCGCGAGAUACAGGGCUUCGGAUGCAGAAGACGAAGAUGAGGACUUAUUUGGCAUCGACAAUUUGAUCAUCAUAGUGCUAUGUGCCGCAGGAUUGGCAAUGGCAUUGGCUGGAUUCCUGCUAUUACCUUUCACCAUGAUCGCAACAGAGUUGCUGCACGAUGACUGGCAUCACGAAAAUUAUUACUUGAGCUGGUUGGACAUCAAAUUAUUGGAGACACUAUGGAAUUAUACCUUUAUAGGCUGCAACAUUGCUUUGUUUGGACUGCUUCCAUUUGCAUAUUUUUAUAAUGAAACUGAUUUGCAAAGAAACUUUUUCGCAAAGGCUAGAGACACGUUGACUAUCAUGUUAUUGGUUGGCUUGUUAAUGUUUGCCUUCAUCUAUGUGACCAAGAAGAUCCUUGGAAUUGUGGGCAUUCACGAAUUGAUAGUGUUGAAUUUGUUGACUUGUUUAGGUGGGGCUGGUAUUUGUUUGAAAGCAACUCCAAAAGGUUACAUUGAAAUAUUCUCAUGGAUCGGCCGACUUCCUUUACGACCAAAUUAUCGUAAUUUUCUAAAUAGUCGAUUGCACCAGAUUAAAAUGGAGAUUGGGGUUUUACAACAAAAGUUGGAAAACUUGGAUCGUGGUUGGAAGUCAUACACUGAUAAAAUGAUAUCUCGAUCAGCCUCCAUAAUUCCCAUGACGUCGCAUUGCCCUUCUUCAUCUGAUAGGUUGUAUGCAUCCAUGAACGGUUAUUCACCGGCCAACGUCGCAUCAAGAACGGCACACUAUAUCAGUGCAAGCAGGAGAGAUGUGUUAAUAGCACUCAAGAGUCUUGAUGCGGAGCAACGUCAAGUUAAGCUCGACCUCGCGCAGUCUCCUUUAUAUCGCAACAUAACUUUUGUUGUCCUUUUUUUACUUAGUCAUUGUAUUUGGAUUCUUUUGCUGGUGCACAUCUCGUGGGCAAUGAUCAAGAGUUUGCUCGAAGUUGAGGGGCAAAAGGAUCUUUACAAACUGGAAGCCGUUUUCGGAAAACAAACCGUGUCGAUGUUUGGAAAAUUUGGGGUAUUGAGCGAUCUCGGAUUGAUUUUCUACUUUACCGCAGCAACGAUCGUCGGAGUCUAUUCAAUCAAACCGUUUAAGAAGAUCCGCCCCCGAUGGGGUCAAAUGAAUGUCCAACAUAUACUUGCCAAUGUCACUGUGUUACUGAUCAUCAGCAGUUCUUGGCCAACGCUAGCGACCAUAUUGGGUUUAACACGACUAACCUCGGCGGGACCGUAUGAUCAUUUUUAUAAACUGAAUGCAGGUCCUUGGCUCGCUUUCGCUUUUCGCUUUGGUACCAUUAUAACCACUGUAUUUUCACUUUUGAAUUACUACGUCCUACGAGUUGGAAUGACAAUGAUCGGAAACUAUCCUCAUUCCAACGGAGUCUUGCAUAACGGCGCGGUUGCAAGAAAUGGAUAUGUCACGCGAUAA